UUGUUGAGUUAAAACCUAUUUUAAUAAGGCUAGAGUUAAGUAAAGAAGAUUACAACUACAUGUUGGACCCAUUUCAAAUUCUCUUUACACAAGCACAAAUUAAUUCGUAUUUCUCUGGAGAUGAUGGAUUCACAGUAGAGGAUACGAUUAAUGAUUUAAUUUCUGGGUCAUUAAAAGUUAAAGACCUACCAACUAUUAGGGUUUGUCUUAACAAAAAUGAUCAAUAUAUUUCAGCUGAUAAUAGACGCCUUUUCUGUUAUCGAGAAGCAAUUCGAAGAGGUGCUAACUUUACUCUAGUGCCUGUACGAAUAGUAAGAGAAAGUGAUGAGAGUUGUGGGUUUAGAUGGAAGCGUGAAAAGAGUUUACGGAUAGUUAAAAACACAACUUGGAACAAUGUAGUCGUAUCUUAUUUGGCCAGACCAAAUAGGAUUUGCCAUGAGAAUGGGGAA